ACAGCUGGGCCAAAUCAGUUUCACGAGGCUGACAUCAUGGUCUUAGGCUCACCUAAGCCAGAAGAGAUUCCCCUUACUUGGAUACAACCAGGAACUACUGUUCUCAAUUGCUCCCAUGAGUUCCUGUCAGGGAAGGUUGGAUGUGAUUCCCCUGGGGCACAUUUUAGUGGACCCACUGAGGAAGAUGUGAGUGUCCUUGCUGCAGCUCUGCGGAUUCAGAACGUGGUCAGUAGUGGAAGAAGAUGGCUUCGUGAACAGCAGCACAGGAGCUGGAGACUCCACUGCUUGAAACUUCAGCCUCUCUCCCCUGUGCCAAGUGAUAUUGAGAUUUCAAGAGGACAGACUCCAAAAGCCGUGAAUGUGCUUGCCAAGGAGAUAGGAUUGCUUGCAGAUGAAAUUGAAAUCUACGGCAGAAACAAAGCCAAAGUGCGUUUGUCUGUGCUAGAAAGGUUAAAGAACCAAGCAGAUGGAAAAUACGUCUUAGUUGCCGGGAUCACACCCACGCCUCUUGGAGAAGGGAAGAGUACGGUCACAAUUGGGCUCGUGCAGGCACUGACCGCGCACCUGAACGUCAAUUCUUUUGCCUGUCUGAGGCAGCCUUCCCAGGGACCGACUUUUGGAGUGAAAGGAGGAGCUGCGGGUGGUGGCUACGCCCAGGUCAUUCCCAUGGAAGAGUUCAACCUUCACUUGACUGGGGACAUCCACGCCAUUACUGCUGCCAAUAACUUGCUGGCUGCUGCUAUUGACACAAGGAUUUUGCACGAGAACACCCAGACAGACAAGGCUCUGUAUAAUCGGCUGGUUCCUUUAGUGAAUGGUGUCAGAGAAUUUUCAGAAAUUCAACUUGCUCGGCUAAAAAAACUGGGAAUAAACAAGACUGAUCCAAGCACGUUGACAGAAGAGGAAAUGUGUCAAUUCGCCCGUCUCAACAUCGACCCUUCCACCAUCACAUGGCAGAGAGUAUUGGAUACAAAUGACCGAUUUCUGCGAAAAAUAACGAUCGGGCAAGCAAGCACCGAAAAGGGGUAUUCCCGGCAGGCGCAGUUUGACAUCGCUGUGGCCAGCGAGAUAAUGGCGGUGCUGGCCCUGACUGACAGCCUCACGGACAUGAAGGAGAGGCUGGGAAGAAUGGUGGUGGCCAGUGACAAAGGCGGGCAGCCUGUGACUGCAGACGGUUUGGGGGUGACAGGUGCCUUGACAGUUUUGAUGAAAGAUGCAAUAAAACCAAAUCUGAUGCAGACCCUAGAAGGAACACCUGUAUUUGUGCACGCUGGCCCCUUUGCUAACAUCGCUCACGGCAACUCUUCAGUGUUGGCUGACAAAAUUGCCCUGAAACUGGUUGGUGAGGAAGGAUUUGUAGUGACGGAAGCCGGCUUUGGUGCUGAUAUUGGAAUGGAGAAGUUUUUCAACAUCAAGUGCCGAGCUUCCGGCUUGGUACCCAAUGUGGUUGUGUUGGUGGCAACCGUGCGAGCUCUGAAGAUGCAUGGGGGUGGCCCGAGUGUAACUGCUGGUGUUCCUCUUAAGAAAGAAUAUACAGAGGAGAACAUCCAGCUGGUGGCGGAUGGCUGCUGUAACCUGCAGAAGCAAAUUCAGAUCACUCAGCUCUUCGGUGUUCCCGUUGUGGUGGCUCUGAAUGUCUUCAAGACUGACACCCGCGCUGAGAUUGACUUGGUGUGUGAGCUCGCAAAGCAGGCUGGUGCCUUCGAUGCGGUCCCCUGCUAUCACUGGUCGGUUGGUGGAAGAGGGUCAGUAGACUUGGCUCGGGCUGUGAGAGAAGCUGCAAGUCAAAGAAGCCGUUUCCAAUUCCUGUAUGAAGUUCAGCUUCCAAUUGUGAAAAAGAUAAGAACCAUUGCCCAAGCUGUCUAUGGAGCCAAAGAUAUCGAACUCUCUCCUGAGGCACAGUCCAAAAUAGAUCGUUAUACUCAACAGGGUUUUGGAAAUUUGCCCAUCUGCAUGGCAAAGACCCACCUUUCUCUCUCUCACCAACCUGACAAAAAAGGUGUGCCGAGGGAUUUCAUUUUACCUAUCAGUGAUGUCCGGGCCAGCAUAGGCGCUGGGUUCAUUUACCCUUUGGUCGGAACGAUGAGCACGAUGCCAGGACUGCCCACUCGGCCCUGCUUUUAUGAUAUAGAUCUUGAUACAGAAACAGAGCAAGUUAAAGGCUUAUUCUAAGUGAAUGAGACUCUCCCAAGACCCAAUUUCAGGUUCCUGAAACACAAAGUGCUCCUUGCCUUUUUGCUGUAAUUGGAGAAGAAAGUGAAUUAGAAAUAUGCCUGUUAUGCAAUGUUAGAGAAAUGGCGAAAUAGGGCAGAGAUUUCUUCUUCGUUCAAGACAGAUUCUGUUUGCGUCAGAGUGUAGUGUUCAGCAGAAGGACCUCCACCAAGUCUGAAGGAGACUAAUUUAUUUUCUGUUUCUGCAGAGUUUACAUUAUUUCCGACUGCAUAUACUUUAGAAUGUUUAUUUUAUGGGGACCAAGGGAUUAAAAGAGUAUGAACUGAAAGGUAACAUUUUCCACUAUGGAGUUUUCUAUUUUGUGUUUGAACUGAAAAUAAACAUGUAUCUAGAAAACCAA